GGGCUCCUCAUAUGUCGAAAACAAAUCCAAUUCGAAUGGCUCAAAAAGCUCCUCUAAUGGCUUCUCUUCCUCUUUCUCUUCCUCUUCAUUCUCUACCCAGUCUGUCUUGCUCUCGUACCCUCCUCUUUCUCCAAAAUCCCCACUAUCUCCCUUCCUUCACCCUUCUCAAACCCUCCUUCACCAAAAGACACCUACUCUUCAGGCCUCUUAAAAUCUCAUUUGCUCUCACUGAUUCAGACUCCCCUAAAUCCCUCGGCCCCGACCCACAAACCCUCCUUAAAGAAUUAGUUGAUAGUUUUAAUCUUCCGCCAGGUUAUCUCGGCCAGCUUCCUCGUGAUCUUCGGUUAGAUCUGAAUGAUGCAGCUUUUGAUCUUUCAAAUGGACCUGUCAUAGAUGAGUGUGGUCAGGAGCUAGGGGAGAUAUUGUUAAAUCUAUCACGAGCAUGGGAAAUGGCAGACACAUCAGCUUCCCAUGCUUUAGUAUGCAAGCUCCCUUUGUUAGAGAGCUCUUUGCCUAAUAGUGCCAAAUCAGCAUUUGGGAAGCGCUUGUUAUCUGCUGGAAGGAGGUUCCAGUCCAUGGGGCAGUAUGGUCGAGGUGAACUACAAAGGAUUGCAAAAGCAAUGACUACGACUGGAAAGCUUCUGUCAGCAUAUGUAGGAUCUACAACAAUUGAUAAACCUCUAAAUAAGGAAACGAGGAUACUGAAGUUUGGGGAACUUCAGGUUGAAAUAACGCCAGAUAAAGCCAACAUCGGCGCUGUGAUUGGCUUAAUUUUUGGGAUUCUUUCAUGGCAACUAGCUCAGGGUGUCCAAGGCGUACCGGAGAGCACAAUGGUAUAUGCAAAUGACAAUGCUUUGGCGAUGGCCAAGUCUCUGAGGGGAGCUUUGCUUGUGAUUUUCUACUCAUCAACAUUUUUGUCUUCUCUGGCUUCUGUGGGACUUCUCGUACUUGGAAGACGACUAAGCUCAAAGGAAAAGUGAGCUUCUUGGUGCGGUUUCUCAGUUUCUGGCUGUAAAUGGUAAUGUAUUAAUAUAACUUUUGUGCAUGAGUUGCACUAAAGAAAAUGUUUCAAGAGGUACGAGGCUAUUAAUAUAUCUGGCAUGGACUUGAGAAAUGCAAAAUGCGCUCAAGUUUUGACAA